GGGCGGAGGCCCAAGUCCGCAGGGAGGGCUGGGGCAGCGGCUGCGGCGCCCUGCGGCCGUGCCAGCGGAGGGGGCUAGCACGGGACAGCCGACACAGCACACGAUGCCCGCAGCACCCGGAGGGCGGCAGACCGAGGCCCGGCCCGGGCGGGCGGCCGCCCCGCCGCCCCCACGCAUGCGCAACCGCCUCCCCCUCCCGCACUCGGAGGGGAAGAGCGUGCCACGGCUUGAGGAGGUGCUGGAAGUCUGGCGGAAGUGACGUGUUAGGGGCGGAAGGGGGUCCGGACGCUGCUUCCUGCUCGGGUUGGGGGCGCGGCCGGCACGCGCAGGCAUAAUGGCUACAGUGGCUGAGAAGCACUUUCUGGAAGGGCAGACAUACUCAAUCCCUCUGAUCCAACCAGACUUGCGCAGGGAGGAGGCUGUUCAGCAGAUGGCAGAUGCCCUUCAGUAUCUGCAAAAGGUAUCAGCUGAUAUCUUCAACAGGAUCUCUCAGCGGGUGGAGGCCAGCCGGUUGCAGCUUCAGACAAUCAGUGAGAGAGUCACGCUCGCCCAAGCAAAGAUUGAGAAGAUAAAGGGCAGCAAGAAGGCUAUUAAGGUAUUUUCCAGUGCUAAGUAUCCAGCCCCUGAACGGUUGCAGGAGUACAGCUCAAUUUUUGCUGGUGCAGAGGACCUGGCUAAGCAGAAAUGGCCAAGACACAAGAUUCAGAGCAAACACCGAAUGCUGGAUGAGAAAUCCCUGCAGGAGAAACUCAAGUACUUCCCCAUGUGCGUGAGCACCAAAAUUCACCAAGAAGACGAUGCAGAAGAAGGUCUUGGCAGCCUCCCCAGGAACAUCAGCUCCCUUAGCUCCCUGCUGCUCUUCAACACUACAGAGAACCUGUACAAGAAGUAUGUCUUCCUGGAUCCUCUGGCUGGAGCAGUGACCAAGACUCAUGUAGCCCUGGAAACAGAGACAGAAGAGAAACUCUUUGAUGCUCCCCUCUCCAUCACCAAAAGGGGACAGCUGGACCGGCAGGUAGCUGAAAAUUACUUCUAUGUGCCAGAUUUGGGCCAGGUGCCUGAGAUCGAUGUGCCAUCGUACCUGCCAGACCUGCCUGGCAUUGCUGCAGAUCUCAUGUACAGCGCUGAUCUGGGACCUGGCAUUGCACCGUCUGCCCCAAGCAGUGCUAUUCCAGAGUUGCCCACCUUCAACACCGAGUCAGUGGAGCCUUUGCAACCAGACCUUCAAGAUGCUGGACUAUUGCCACCUCCUCCACCGCCACCUCCCCCGCCACCUCCUGUUGUGCCAGCUACUGUGCCUCCCCCACCACCCCUGCUCCAGCCUGCAGCCCCCUCUGAACCGGCCUGGCCCGUGACUGAGGAGAGCAGCAAGGCAGUGCCUGCAGCUCUGGUCCAGGGAGCCCCAAAGGAGGUGGUGAACCCCUCUACUGGGCGUGCCAGUCUCUUGGAGUCCAUCCGCCAGGCUGGUGGCAUUGGGAAGGCCAACCUCCGUAGCGUUAAGGAGAGGAAGCUGGAGAAGAAGAAGCAGAAGGAACAAGAACAAGUGAGAGCUACGGGACAAGGUGGAGACUUGAUGUCAGACCUCUUUAACAAACUGGUGCUGAGGCGCAAAGGUAUUUCAGGGAAAGGGCCAGGUGCCUCAGGAAAUCCCGAAGUUCCUGGAAGUCCUGCUGGUGCCUUUGCUCGUAUGUCAGAUUCGAUACCACCCCUUCCACCCCCACAGCAGCCCCUGGGUGAGGAAGAUGAGGAUGACUGGGAGUCAUAGAUGGUAUCAGUUGUGCAUAAUCUAUCAGCAUGAGUCCCAUGACUCUUGAACUAAGCACCUCUGAGACAGACCAGUCCACGGAAAUAUCCCCUGGAGGAUGGGCACUGGCAUGGCAGAGGGACCCUGUCAUUUCUUCUUAAAGAUGACCUGGAAAAGCAGGAGCUAACCACUGCUGAAUAUAGUUAUCAAGGAGUGUUACUUCUGCUCUGUUUGCUCUUCCCCACCCCCAAUAAUACAUUCCAUCUCAAAUGCUGCUGCUGCUCAGACUGGCUCAAUAAAUCCUGCCAUAGCUGCAGGGCAGUGAGGUGGCUUGUGCUCAGAGGAUCAGAACUAGCAUCUCUGCCAAUUUAAGGGGCCUUCAGUCUUUCUUAAUGUGAUUGGUGAUGACUGCAAGAGCAUCUCUUGCAGGCAAAAACAGCCUUUGCUUCAUCUGUCUCCAUGCUGUUUGCUUGCUGAAGCUCUUGUUUGCUUGGUUAUUGCUGGGUGUGAAUUCUUCAGCACCCAGCUCAUAUUCAAGAGUGUGCAUGUGUGUAUGUCCAUCUGCCCCUUUAUGGGGGUGUAAUUACUGGUGCCUCUACCCUUAAUUGUCUUUGUACUUGGCUUAUGGCAGUUCUUUGCUGCUGAUUGGUUUCUGAAAAAAUUGCAAUAAAACUCAAGGAAGCAGGUCCUCAUAGCCUUCACUCUGCUAGAAGAGAAGUGUGCUCAAUUAAGCGUGUCUUAAGAAAGGGCCCAGCUGUCCCUUUUGAUCUCAGGCUGAGGUGAGCCUUAGAAACCAGCACCAUAUGCCACAGCACCUGAAGCCAGGGGCUGUUAUAAGAAGGCAUCCAUCAUUCCAGCAGCUGCUUUCACUGAGGUUAAGGCAGUGCGUUUGGCAGAGUGAGGAGGCUCACUACCCACUGACGGUGCUGGAGAGACAGAAGCAGCAUUUUUUCUCUGGGGGACUAAUUAACAUAGAAGGGAGAUAGACGCUCUGUAGAUGCAGGGGGUACCAGUUCUGUGUCUAAUUAGAAGUACUUAUUUCACUGAGAAGAGCCUUAAGAUGUAGCACCCAGCUGCUGAAACAGGCAAGAAGACAAAGCAGCUCCUGUAAACAGGCUUGUUCCUGAUGACAGGAAGUGUUGGGAAUGGCUGUUGGAUAGCAUAACUGCCCUCUACCACUGACCUGUGACUUAGGAAAGAACCUCAGGGCAGUUGCACUAAAAAAGAAUGUAACCAACCAUUUUCCACAGCAAGCUACCUUCUAGCUUGAAAAACCUGUGCAGUAAGAAAGAGAUAAGAUCAUAACUAUAUGAUUAAGCAUGAUCAGAGAAGUGCUGCAGUGCAUUGCAGCCAUAUCCUUACUCCCUUUGAAAGGAGGAGCCAAGCCCUGAAUUUAUCAACUGCUUGAAGCAAGGUAGAGAGAAGGGGAUAAAAAUGGUUCCCCCAGCUAGUCUCACUCUAAGCCAACAUGACACAAGUUAAAUAACCUAUUAUCUAAAAUUCCUGUGGAAAAGCUUUAAUUUCAUUCAUCACCAAGCCCCCCCCCUAAUCCUGGUGGUUGAAGGAAAAAAGCAGAUGUGUUCAGUUGAAAUAAUUAUGAUAUCCCCAUACUUAAGUGUCUGGGUUGAAAAUAUUUAAUCAAUUUAAAUAAAACUUGAACAAUUAUAAACAAA